GUGAGGAAGUUUGAUAAGAAAGAAAAAAGUAAACCAAUAGAAACCUGGCUAAAAAUCAAACACUACUUAGCAACUUUAUUUCUCAUUCUAAACGAAGAAACAUGUACGAUUUCAGCAAUAAAAGAGCUUUAGUUACAGGUGGAUCAAGGGGGAUUGGAAAAGAAGUGGUGAAGCAAUUAACCAAUUGUGGUGCACAAGUGUUCGCUUUGAGUAAAACCCAAGAAAAUUUGGACGCUUUAAAAGCCGAAAUUCCGAGUGUCGAAACAAUUUGCGUGGAUAUUUCUGAUUGGAAGAAAACUGAAGAAGCUCUAAGCAAAAUUGGGACUAUAGAACUUCUGGUAAACAAUGCAGCGAUUGCAGAUUCUUGUAGAACUGGAGAGAUUACUGAAGAGCGUUAUGAUGAAUUAGUUGCCACCAAUCUGAAAUCUGCUAUCAACGUAUCGCAGAUUAUUACAAAAAGAUUAAAAGAUGAGAAAAAACCGGGUUCUAUUGUUAAUGUAUCCAGUGUAGCUUCAUUGGUAUAUAUGUUCAACAUUAGUUAUGCUUCAGUGAAAACUGCAUUAGAUAAAAUUACUAAAACAAUGGCCGUUGAAUUAGGACCUUAUAAGAUUCGCGUAAAUAGCGUCAAUCCUACUGUUGUAAAUACGGAUAUGACAAAAGUAGUUUUCGAGCAUCCUGAACUAGAAGCUCAACUAAAAGCAAUGAUACCUGUGGGUGAAUUUUGUAACACCGAGGAUAUAGCCAAUGCUGUGCUGUUUCUACUGAGUGAUAAGGCAAGAAUGAUUAAUGGAGUAAUUCUUCCUAUUGACGGAGGCCAGGCUGCUAAAUAAAAAGCAAAUAUUCAUAUUCCCUGGAUGUAAACAUCUUUAAAAAAUGUUCAAAUUUUAAUGUCU